GUAGGACAAAAAAUGACUUGUUUAUUCAGACAGGGAGGGUUGUCAAAGUCCUUCCUGUAUUUUAUCGGAAGUGAGAGGGCGUGAAGACUUCCGGGAGUUACAUUUCAGAAUGUCUGGAUCUGAUUUCACCGUGAAGGAGUCAUUAUAAAUCACACCGCUUCUCUACAACACUGAUGACUCAACACAAACCGGAGUCCUCAGGGUAAGCAGUGAGCGAUGCCUCUGUUUCGUCAGGCCGAGGUCAGAGUGGAGAGGGAGGGGGAGAGAGAGAGCAAAAGGAUGAAACGGAAGCGUCAUCAGCAUGAGUGUGAUGAGGAAGAGGAGGAGGAGGAGCCUUCUUCACUGCGACGUCUGUGUCUCUUCAGCCUAGCGGAGAACAUGAAGGACAUGUGGACGCAGGAUUACGCUCACAACUACAUGGAUCACUACUUUUUCCGAUACAUCAUGGGGCCCUUCAGUCUGCUGCCAGGAGAUCUGAUCGAGGAGCUGCUGUGUGUUCUGUCUCGGAGGAAGCUGCUGUCUCGUGCUGCUCUGCAUCUCCUCCUGCUGCCACAAUUACACACACUCUCACUGUCACACUCCUGUAACCUCGUCACUGCCAACCUGUGCAGCCUGAUCACUGUGCGCUGUCAGUCUCUGAGAUGUUUAGAUCUGUGUGGAGCGCAGAACGUCUCCUCCGCCGCUCUGUGUUCCCUCCUCAGUGACCUGUCCUGCCUUCACUCACUCUCUCUGGCUGGAACUCUGUGUGAUGGUGCUGUGAUUGCUACACUGGCCGGACGCUGCUCGCUGCUUCAGCACCUCGAUGUUUCCCGGUGCCUCCACCUACCUCCGGGUGCCCUGCUGCCCCUGGCGCUGCAAGGACCUAAACGUCUCACCAGUGUGCUGGCUCUGGACAUCGGAUUAGGAGAGCACGAGGAUGACGGACCGAUUUCUGCUGCCUUCCUCCUGCUUGGCGUGUCCAGUCUACAGCGGCUGGCGAUUGAGGGUCUCGGACACGCCUGUGCGAUUAUCCAGAAUGCGGAUUUUGCUGCGACUGAUGGCUUUACCACCCGAGAGGGCGUGCCUUGUCUUAGGGAAUUAUGGCAAGCAGUAGUUCAGGAAAAAGAACUGAGAGACAUUGAAGAGGAUAGACUCACUCUGGAGGAGAAAACGGACAGAUCCUUGAGUUUAGAUGAAGGCAGAACAACGGAUGCACCAAAGGGAAAGUUUAAAUUAUGUCUCCGAGAGGUGCAGGGACCGACUCUCGACAGUCUGGAUGCUGUCAGCAGCUUGUGCCCUGAUCUUCGCUCGAUAUCUCUAAAGUGCCAUGAUCAUGAAGACGAUAAUGAUGAAGUUUGCUCACAGAGCAUACGUUUGACUCGAGGCUUGGCUCGGUGGUCUGGUCAGCUGCACUUCCUCUCCCUGCAGUUCUCAGGCCCACUCUCGGAACUGGUUCUUCCUCUGCAGGUUUGCAGUUCUUCUCUCCUCUCCCUCACGCUGGAGGGGGUCCAGGCUGACGGGAAUCUGCCUCUUGUUGCACUUCUGCGUGCCUGCCCGAAACUCACCGCUCUCACACUACACAUUGACCCUCCACACUCGAACCAGGAAGAGGAUGAUGAUGAUGAAGAUGUAGAAGACUGGGAUUUGCCCUGUCUUCCAAACCUUCGCACUUUAACACUAAUGUUCUCCUUGGAGGAGAGACAGCUGAAGCCCAUGCUUUGCUGGACUUCCCUGAAGGGGGUGCUGUGGUCCUUGCUGAGAGGCUCUGUGCAGCUCCACACGCUGGCUCUAAUCGCCGUUCCGUGUCGCCUGGAUCCAGUGUUCAGACUGGUCCUGGAUCGUCAUGCUGAGCCGCUGCGACGUCUCAGACGUGUCAACCUGCAGCGCUCCGAUGUCACCAUGGAGACAACGAUGCGACUCGUAAACUCCUGCCCUCGCUUGACCACUCUGGAUGUGAGCAAAUGCUGGUCUCUGACUCGGUGUAACAUCUCUAAAUUACAGAGCCAGGCCAGGAGGAGGCGCCGUAAACUCCACAUCACAUGGACAUGAAGCGGACACGGAGUGCACUUUACAUAAAUGAAUUACCGAACAGGGUUUACAGAUAAAUUCAGGAUGUAAAUCAGCUCUGUUUGCAUAGCCAUGAGAGAUUAUUUUUUGUUGAAAAUGCUGUUUGUCUUUUUAAAGAUAUCAGACACUAAAAUUUCAUUCAUGAAGUACAACACUAUCUCUUCCCAUAGGUAUUACUUCAGUGUGUGUUACUGUUUACAGUCAGCCAUACUGUGAUAUCUGUGCACUUUUGAUUUGAAUAUAACAUGAAUUGAAAUGAUUUUCAUUUUAAGACGGGUCUUGUUUCUUUUUUUCCCCCUGUAAAUCUUCAUGUCCAGAGUUGAAUGUUUUGGGUCUGUAGAGAAUAACAAACUUGGAUGACUGUCUUUGUUAAACAUUUGUCUUAGUGAUUGAACAUGAUUAUAUUUUAUUGGCAGUAUUCUAAUCUUCUGUCAUGUGCAUUUUGGUCCCACUUUACCAAUGGCUACUUUCACUAAAGUCACACAGAGAACUCAAAAUUCUCUUGAUUUUUAUCCUCCAAAGCUACAGCGAAGGUAAACGUUACCAAUUUUUACUUCAUCUGCAUUACAGAUAAGAAUAUAUCUAACAAUGAGCCCAAAUUAGACUAGUUAAUGUUCUGCCACUUACUAUAACUAGUUAGAGAGACUGGAAGUAGCUGAUGGGAACGUCAAACUGAGAAAGCAGUGGCCUAAUUGUAGUACUUUCUUCAAUGUAGACACAUUAACACAAAUAAAAAUGACAUUUUUAGUGUUUUUAUAGCUAAAAUCACCACAACUGAAGGAUGUGGAUGUAAACCUCAGCUCUGAUGGAGAACCUGUGAGAACCUUCAGCUACAACUUGGACUGGAUUCGGUUUGAAGGCUAAUAGUUUUAUACGUACAAUAUCAAGGUCGAAAAGUGAGUGGAAAUGAAAAGAGAAAAUAAAAAACAGUUGGGAAUAUCAGAUGAAAUAUCUGAUUGUCAAAUGAAAAUAAAACCUACUUCCAAAGCAUGAAAAUACACAAGGGAUUAUUAAUGAUAGUACAGUGAAUACACGACCGCCAUUUUAUCAACAAUUUCCCAGUUAUUCUUCUCUCAAUUUGUCAAACUGGCUUAAAUAUAAUCUUUGUCAUAUCAGCAUGAUUAUGUUUAAUACUAGGGGAAAAAAACAGCAUUUGUUGCACUUUAAGUAAAAUAA